GGAGCGCGUCUCCGCAGCACAGCUGGGCUGGAGAGCAGAAACAACACGAACAGAUGAAGUUUGACCCACAAAGCCUCGGGAAUGUGGACGGAGAUGAAAAACACGAGUUGGACUGUCACCAGCGAUGGAAACAGCUCGAAGAUAGUUGAGCCAGAUCUGCGAACAUGGCAGCUCUUAGUCACAGUUCAACAGAGAAAUGGUUCGACUGCAGCAUCCACUCGUCCCUCUCACACUGAAGACUCUCUAACCAGGACCAGUGGAAUCAUACCUGGUGCCAUAGCAGCCACACUGUUCAUUGCCUUCCUUCUUGCUCUCUAUGCUGUCCUGUGGAAAUGCAUGGUGUCACCGCCACAACGAAAGCACAGGAAGGUGAGGGUACGGAUAAAACAGAGGAGUUCUGUGUGAAGACUGGCUGCCAGGUGGAAAUUACUUUGCAUGUUAAAGUUGCGGACCAAAUUUAAAAGCCGGCUUUUCUCUUAGUCAGAAAAAACAGCAACAAUAUUCUGCUCGAGAAGAUUGUCCUAAUGGAUCCAAAGAUUAAUCUACGGGGGGAAAAACACUUACUCAUUCUACUGAGAGGAUAUGUCACCCUGUAACCUUUUACUGUUACUGUCUGCUGGUGGCUGCUGUUGACUCAAAGAAACUGUGACGAUGUGUAAAACAGUUUUUCAGAUUGUGCUGCUUUACUCUGUGAGCUCCUGAGGAAUGAGGCAGCUCGGGCCUUAGCUCACUCUAUGACCAAUACGCUGUGUCUGAAACAGAUUGUGGUGUUUGGGUGGUUUUUUUAUGGCACAGUCUUUACAAUAUUUUUGAAAGUACAGAGGGGCAUGAGUUCAUUUAAAUCGUCCUAGUUGAGGAUUUUUAAGGGAAAACUCUUAAAGCUGCCGGGAUGUUCCGAGAAAUCAGCCAAACACAUGUACAGCAUUAUUAAAAAUCUUAAGGAUUUAGUUUCAUACAAGUCUUCUCAUGGUUUCUCUUUUUGGUCUUUCAAUCCAGGUGAUUGAUUCACCUUACUCAGGAUGUUUUAACUUGGAUAUGACUUUUGAAUCUCUACAAUAAACUGUGACAAAUGUUGUUGUUGUUGGUGGUUUUUCACUUCAGUUGCUUGUGAAUACAUGCCCCGGUCUGUGACUUAAAUAAACUUUAAAUCUGA